AUGUACGGCGGCACCAGAGCCAAGAAGGCUCAUACAGCCGGUGUUCAACCUUCUCAUCCGCAGCAUGGUGCGGCCAAGGAUGGCGAUGGCGGCAGUUCCCACGGCCGAGCAUCUUUACCUACCUCAUUCUCUAGCCUUGGGAAGGGUGGAGGGGCCAUCAAGUCAAUUGGAGCCAACAUCAACGUGAACGGCGCGAAUGGCACUUUGUCAUUCUCAGUGCCCAUUCCCCUCUCAAAGUCCCGAUCUGAUUUUGGGCCUGCUCUGAACCUCACUUAUGACUCAGGUCAUGGCAACGGUGCUUUUGGCUUGGGUUGGGGCCUCUCACUCUCCUCGGUCGUUAGGCAGACAUCUCGUAAUAUCCCAUUGUACGAUGACGAGAAGGAUACCUUUGUGCUCUCCGGAGAAGAUGACCUCGUUCCUCUACUCGAUAGUGGAAACUGGAAGGAGAAGACGAUUGGUGAAUUUGUCGUUCGUCAAUAUCAACCCCGAGUCGUCUCUCAACCUAUGCGCAUUGAGCGCUGGAGCAAACUGGCCAGCCCUUGGGACAUUCACUGGAGGACAAUCACUAGCGACAACGUCACUUCAGUCUUCGGACGCGAUCAAGACUCCAGGAUCUCCAACGAGGCCACAGAUAGACCAUGUAUAUUUGCCUGGCUCAUCACUGACAUGUAUGAUACUUGGGGUAAUGCCGUACAAUUCUCGUAUAAACAGGAAGACGAGUCUGGCCUGUUCGAGGACGGAAUGCCUCUUUGGGAAAUGAAUCGCUCUAGCGAUGUCCGUCGUCGGCAAAAGUACAUCAAGUCAAUCCGGUAUGGUAAUACCACCCCCUGUCGCCAACUCCAAGACUGGGAUACUUUCGUGCGACCGUCGGAAUGGAUGUUUGUGGUAGUCUUUGACUAUGGAGAGCAUGCGCAGGACGUUCCCCUCACUACGGCCGUUCAAAACUGGAAAACCCGUAAAGAUCCCUUUACAAGUUGCUCUAGUGGGUUCGAGAUCAGAAACUAUCGGCUUUGCCGCAGGAUCUUGAUGUUUCAUCACUUCCCAGAUGAGAUUGGUGUGGAGGAUGCUCUAACCUCAUCACUUAUGUUGGAAUAUGAUGAGACUCCGCAUGGUAGUUUCUUGUCGUCCUGUACUGCUCUCGGUCACUCCGUGCAGAACGAGGAGAGUGGGCUUAGAUACAUCACAAAGUCCAUGCCACCUCUUGCUUUCAAGUACAGUCAAUUACCCUCGCCAGAAGCACUACAGCUGAAAAAGGCCAAAACAUCAAACAUCCCAUAUCUGCCAGUCGGUACCACCGAUAAGUCUGAAUGGAUCGAUUUGAAUGGCGAAGGCUCUCCUGGAAUCUUGACUACUUUGGAUGGCGGUACCUUGCACUUUCAACGCAACCAGAGCGCUCUUCGAAAGGAAAUGGGGCCAUGCUUCACAGACUUCCGAAUUCUCGGUUCGCAACCAACAUUACCAGAAAAAUACCAUCUACAAGAUCUAGCUGGCACUGGCUGCCAGGACCUUGUGUGCUUCGACGAGCUCGGUCGGCCUUAUGGCUACUUUGAACGUACCGAAGCUGACGGAUGGUCAGACUUCUCUACCUUAUCCUCCAUCUCUUCUUCAUCAGCCUCUUCCGAUCGUAUGAUAUAUAUAGAUCUAACUGGAGACGGUCUUGCAGAUGCCCUGGACCCGACAUCACUUGAAUACCUUGUGUGGCAACAAUCACUGGGCAAGCUUGGAUUUGGAAUCCAUCAGACUUCACAAGCACCAGCUACGGGGCCUCUUAGACUUCAAAGCGACGACAGGCUGUCUGUCAAAUCAGCUGAUAUGACAGGGGAUGGGCUGUCGGAUAUCGUUGCUAUUUCCAAUGGACGGGUGUCAUAUUGGUCCAAUACCGGUUACGGGAAUUUCAGUAACGAGGUCAUGAUGUCAAAUGCACCAGUUUUUGACAGCGACGAUUCUUUCUCUCAUGGAAGACUCCACUUGAUGGACACGGAUGGCUCUGGCACAGCGGAUCUGCUAUACGUACUUCCAAAAGGAGGUGCGCAUCUAUACUACAAUCUAUGUGGAAACUCCUGGAGUGACGCAGUAUACAUUCCUGCUUUCCCUCCGGUAGACAAGUUAGCAUCUGUGCAGGUCGUUGAUCUUCUCGGUUCUGGUACAUCGUGUCUUUGUUGGACAGGACCGUCUCCUGAUGCAUCUGACAGUAUGUGCUUGCAAUACUUGGACCUAAUGGAUUCAGCAAAACCACACCUCUUGCGUUCUUAUGCAAAUGGGAUGGGACUCGAGGUUGAUAUACAAUAUGAGCCCUCUACCCAUUUCUACCUCGUCGACGAGUCCGAGUUGUAUCCUUGGGAAACAAAGCUUCCAUUUCCUGUUCAUUGCGUCAGCCAGAUCACUACUACGGACCAGGUCUCCAGCAUAUCCAAGACUGUGAAAUACAGAUAUCACGAUGGCUUUUUUGAUCCACAAGACAGAGAAUUUCGCGGCUUUGGCAUGGUCGAGCAGCAAGAAGAAGAACUUUUCCCUACAAAGGACCUUUUCUUCACCGCUUCGUCGUCGCUGACCAAGACUUGGUACAGCACCGGCUCAGAUCGACCUACCAGUAGGCCAUACUUCUCGCCUUCGGCAAUUUUCCAACACCUGCCUCAACUGGAGUAUCAGGUUGAUAUUCAUGAAGCAAAGCGGUCUUUGCGUGGAAAGGUGUUACGAUCUGAAAUCCAUGAUUGUAUCUCUGACGGUGUUCCGUAUGCUGUGACUGAAAAUGUGUACAACAUUAUCAGUGUUCAGCUAAAAACAGAUCAAACCGCCUGUGGCAUUGUCUGGGCCCUGCCAAGCGAGGUAUUGACAACAGCCCUUGGGAUGCAGACAAACGAUCCGCAUAUUGUCCACAAGAUGGUUUUAAGUACCAACGAAUUCGGUGACCCGCAAACAUCAGCGACGAUCACGUAUCAGAGCAGAUCGUAUGGCUCACACACUACUGGCACUGCUAGAGGAGCCAUGGACUUGUCAACUGUUAUCGAGGUGGAGGAUGCCGCAUACACGAAUUCGAUUAGUGACAACUUCAAUUUCCGCAAAUCAUUACCGUGCCAGACAGAACUGUACCGCAUCCAUGGCACCGAACUGUCUACCAUUGUCGACAUCAACCAGGUUGGGCAACUGUUGCGAAGUCGGCGGGCAAAAGACGUUCGAGAUGAGAAAUCACAUGAAACCCGGGUCUACUACCAAAGCUCUGAUUUAACCAAGAUUCUACCGCUGGGUAGGCUUGAGACCUUCUCUACUCUGCACCAGACUUUCGUUCUUGGCUUCACAGCCGAAAUGCUUCAAGAUAUGAUGCUACGAACAGGCAACUUUGGGGACCAGGCUGACCUAUCACAAAUGGCUAGCCAGGGCGGGUACGUUGACCUGGACUCGAAUGGGUGUCUAUGGGCGCCAUCUGGGACCCAAGGCUUCCCCUCGUCAAAAGACAGCACUGAGCUUGCGGCAGCGCGAUCAGCAUUCUUCGUUCCCAGCCUGAGCGCAGAUCCUUUCGGCAAUCAGUCUACGGUCGAGUAUGAUAAGUACUUCUUGCUAAAAACAAGCAUGACAAAUGCGCUUGGUAGUAAGGUGUCUUGGGAGAACAACUAUGAGAAACUACAACCGACCACCAUCCUCGAUGAGAACUCGAAUGUACACCAAUGCCUUUUGGAUCCCUUAGGACACAAUGUCGGAACCGCAAUUGUUGGCAAGCCUGAUCAGAGUACGGGUAGCACCGUGCAAGACCUCGAUCCAACUCCCCACCAGGAUCUCAUCGACAGCCUUUUCGAUCAACCUACAGAGGCUUUAAGUAAGCAGCUCCUGGGCUCAGCAGACGAGCGCGUCAUAUAUGACCUCGAGCGUCGCCACCGUUAUGGCACGGCACCCAAUAAACUGUGCACUGCAGCGGUAGCUUCCAUUGUGCGCGUCGGUUCGGGUAUUGCUGCAGAGUCUGUGAUAAGCUUGUCGAUUACGUACCUCGACGGUCAAUCUAAUCCAUAUCAGACAUUCGACUAUCAUGGUGAAGAGGGUUCUGAAUGGCGAUGCCAAAGCUGUGUUCUGAAAAACAGCCAUCAAGAAGUUGUUCAGACCUACCAAGCAUUUUACACAGACAGUCAUUUGCCAAGACCCCCAUCAAAGCUGGAUGGGCUGAUUCAAACGUCAAUCUACGACGCCAUGCAACGAGAAGUAGUUACAGUGUUUGCGAAUGCCACCUGGAGCAAGACAGUGUAUUCGCCGUGGAGCAUAAGCCACUAUGAUGUGAGCGACACCAUCCAUAUCUCUGACCCUUCUCAAGACCAGGAUAUUGGAAGGUUUGUGGCUAGCUUCUUAAGCAAUUUGCAGUGGACAUCUUGGUUAGAGGCUCAGAAGAAAGGCGACGACUCACAGCGCCUGGCAGCCGAGAAAUCUGAACAGUACCCAGUCGCCCCUGUUGUCACCCACCUUACUCCUGGAGAUGAAGUCUGGAGGGAGACAAAAGGCCCCGACUCAAACCUUAGAAAUCUCGAAUAUGUGUACGAUGACGAUCACAACACAAUCAUGGAGUACGACGAGCUCGGGCGUGCUGUCAUGUCUCGGCGAUUCAAUUUGCUUAACCAGUGUAUAUACCAAGGUACCAUGGACGGUGGUGACCACAUUAGUUUCUCAGACUGCGAAGGAAAGCCCCUAUUAUCGUGGGACCGACGUGGCACCACUGAGUCGUUUGUGUACGAUGAACUUCGAAGAGAAACGGAGACUUGGGUCACUACUAAACUUCAUGCGAAGCAACUGACUGUGUCGAUGAUCUACGGCGAGAAACACCCAACUGCUCAAGAUUGCAAUAUCCGUGGUCAAAUCUGGAAACAGAUGGAUCAAUCUGGUGUCACGAGCUUCUCAGCUUACGAUAAUCGAGGGUGCUGCACUUCUCAGACUCUGCAGCUCUGCAGAGAAUACAAGACAGGAGUUUCAUGGGGGGAUCAAGUUGAGAUGGAAGCAACUGUCUAUGAACACCAAGACCUAUACAACCAUCUCGGUCAAGUCGUAGAGAGCCGCGAUGCCAACAAUAACCAGACCAAGAAGUCCUAUGACCGACUGGGUCGUCUAACGCAAAUAUCCUUGUCGUCUACGACAGCUACGAGCGAGUCAGAUUGGAAGCCUAUCGUGUCUCAGACCACUUACACGGCUGACGAUCUCGUGCUGACUACGACUUAUGGAAAUGAAAGCCAAUCAUCUUGCACUUACAACACUCUCACCAGACAGCUGGAGAACGAAAAGGUUCGUGACAAGAAGAGCAAGGUGCUAGAGGACAUUACGACAACAUACGACUGUUUAGGCCGCAAGAUCCGCAAGGUCAAUGAUGCGCAACAGGACAUAUUUUUCCGCAAUCAACAGAUCAAGCCAGCUUCUUCUUAUACUUACGACAUUUUUGGUCAGCUGAUUGCGGCCACGGGCCGAGAACAAAUUGACAGCAGUAAUGGAAACGGAUCCAUGGCGAAGCCCUACAGUUCAACUGAGAGUCUUGCCAGCCAAGGGCAAAGGAGUGAACAGCGGCUGUGCGAGUUUCUCGAGCUUUAUGAAUAUGACACGGCUGGCAACAUGACCUCCAUGAGUCAUCAGCCUGCGUCUGAUAGUAAGGUCGGUGGCUGGACUCGUCGAUACUUUUAUGAAGAACCUAGCUUCCUGGACCCAAAUGUCUCAUGUAAUCGCCUGAGUCGUACCGUAGUAUCAGGAACCGAAGAACGAUACGGUUACGACAACGAUGCAGGACAACUUGGACUCAUCACCUCAAUGCCCGGAUUUUCGUCGAUGCAAUGGGGUUACCGCCGGAUGUUGUCAUCAAGCUCAAAGCAGACAGUUACCAAUGGCGUUCCUGAGACAACCUUCUUUGUCUACAACCAUCAAGGGCACAGACUUCGAAAGGUCACUGAACGAGCCUCAAGCGAUGGUUCACCUGGAAGCAAGAUGGCAGACACAAUCCAAUUCAGAGAGGCCAAGAUAGAAAUGGUCUUUACUGGUAGUGGGGAGCUUCGAAGGACCAGCAAAGCCUCUUCUAUCGUCGGAGCAUCUCGCAUAGCCUCUGUCGAGAGUCAAGACAACUUCACUCGAGAUGUUCUCUUUCGUUACGAAGUCAGUCCCAGCCUGGAGCUUGAUGCACAAGGCCGGCUCAUCAACUACGAAGAAUAUUCCCCGUAUGGUGCCUGCACGUUCAGAGCUUCGUCUGGACAGAUUGGUGCUUCACGAGAAUACCGCUUUCGUCGAUACCUUCGAGACUCGGAAACUGGCCUUGAUUUGUGUGGUGCACGGUAUUAUGCUUCAUGGAUUGGAAGAUGGUUGUCACCAGAUCCUGCUGGGACCGUGGACGGACCAAACAUAUACGCAUACUGCACCAACGAUCCAAUAAACUUCGUCGACUCCGAAGGUACUGUCAAGUCGAUGGAGCUGAAAGGACCAAGAAUGAUGCUCAAUGGAGUUUCUCAAGGCAUGUCGAAGCCGGCGUGGAGAGCACGUUUCGCAAAAGGAUAUCGAGACCGUGCAAGACAACGAAGUAACGAAAACAAAGCCACCUAUGACCCAAGACUUGUAAACAAAUUGCGAGAAAUUUCUGAGAAAGCCCGGCUUCAACGACGCAAGGAAUUGGCCGAACGCAAAGAGCAAAUCGCAGGUUACUCUCGCGGCGCGAGGUAUGAUCGCGCACACUUUUUGGCCAAGGAACACUAUGGCAAAUUUGAGAGGUUUGAAAUCAAUGCGGACGACUACGUCGUCAGACUCCACUCUGAUGUGAACCAACUCUACAUGAAGGCAACCUUUGACGCAUCGUGGAAUACCUUCUGGAGCAAGAAUUAUGACAGACUCGAUAAAAUGGUCAAGGAUAACGUCAACGGCAACGAUUUAGCGAGAGCCCAGGAAGAAAUCUUCAAUCAUGCCCGAACCUUGAUGUAUGACACAGGACUGAUCACCCCUGCGGAGUUCGAUGAGCACCGCAUCAGCUAUGAGGACAAACAAUAUAUGCCGAGGAAAAUGAAGUCGACAAAUCCAGAAAAGGCUUACUUUGUUACCCCUGAAGUAAAGGAUUUUAACCUUGAGGCGUAUAAGAAGUUUAAUGGCGAUUUCAGACUUCCCAUCGCCAGACGCCGUCGUGCAGCUGGCCGGAGAACGCCCAGAAUUUCUUAUGGGAACAUAUCUCCGACUUCAAAAAAUGACCCGGACUGUUUCUACGGCGAUCGAACUCUGCCUUCCAGGCAGGGGAAUUUUGUUCAUGUCAAUUUCAGCAGCCUCGUCAAGUCCUUGGUUCAAGGCCCCAGCCUGAAGCUCUUCAUGGAAAAACGGUCUGCGGUUGAGGAAGCGUGCCGGAAAUAUGAGAAGCGCCUGUUCGCCGAAGAUCAGUACGGUGUCGCCAGAUUUCGGGGGGUCAACCAACACGACACCUACUGCUGUAGCAUCGAGCAGACUGUCUCCUUUACGGCUGUACCAAACAAGGCGUCGUGGGCCGCUAUCUAUCUCACCGAUGAAGGAACUUCUUUCCUGCAAGAUGUUCGCCUGCCAUGGACUAGCUACCACAACUACUCCACCUCUCUACAAGGAGGAACUGUGGUAGGCACUGUUCCGAUAGUUCCGUAUAACAAGCCCAUUACGGCCGAAUCCUGCGAUUGGAACAUUGGUAUCAGCGAGAGCAGCAUGAAUAAUCGGAAUGGCUCCUCCAAUCGCCAUGAAAGAGGAAGUGAUGCCUUUCCUUUAUCACCAGCUUUCAGCCAGCUGCAUCCAUCGCGGAGCAUUGUGGUUCAUGAUGAAGCCGAUAUGGAACUGCUGUCAGAAGAUCCCUUCUUCCUACUGGCCAGCCUUUUUACUACAUCCGCGCUUUCUUUCAUGCAACUCCUCAACUAUCUAUCAUUGAGCAUAAAUGAGGACCACAGCCUGGAAGUUGAUCUUCUUGACAUCAAGCUUGAACGAUUACGAAACCAUGUCAGGAUAAUUCACCGUGUUGAGGCCGCCCUCGCCGAGAACUUGCAGUGGAUAGCUCAGGGUGGUUGUAGUACCUGGCCGAGAGCUCGAACUGGAAUGAGCGCGGCAAUAAGGAAGGAGGCUGUGCAGAAUAAAUUGCGAACUGACCAUGAGGCCUUACGGCAGAAAUGUGCUGUCAUGCGUCAGGACUCUUCUUUGUGGGGAGCGCAGCAUCGCACAAGCCCAAAGGGUGGCUAG